GUGGUGGCACACGCGAUGAUACCGUCGAUUGAGAUUCAUUUAUCUUGGAUCAUUGUAUUAUGGCUCUCCAGAUUUUUGAUGAGCUGUCUCCCCCCGCGUCCCUCUAAUGCUAAUACAAAUUUCUGCUGCAUGUCUGGACUUAAGGACAUGUACAAGCUAAAGACUUAUGAUAUUGGGGUGUACGCCCAGGAUGAACCAUUAGAAUUUGGUAAAACUGAUAUGCGCUUCCUGUCUAACUUGCUCGCAGAUAGACCAUACUUCUAUGGCGACGAGCCUACUCUGCUGGAUAUGGUGACGUUCUUAAAUCUCGCACAACUGCAUUUCAUCGACAAGAAUGUACCCCACCCCCUGCGAGAUGCUCUGAACGAAUCGUUCCCCAAUCUGGUCGGUCUAGUCUCCCGUAUUAAGGACCAUGCCUUCGAGUACUGGGAUGAAAUCUGUAUUACGCACCUCAUAACCAUUAAUGCAAAGCUCGCUAUGAAGGAGGUGAAACUGCCCACGGAGGACACUGGGCCCGCUGAAAAACAGCCACUCCCAGACGAACCAGUAAACGACGAGAGUGAUGAAGAAGAAGAACAGGAGCAAGAACCUGAAGAUAAAAAGGAGACAGACAACGAAAAUGAAAAGUAACCAACAUACAUAUAAUGAUAUACAAUAGAUUAAAAGUUUAAUUAUACACUUGAGAAUCAAACUCGUCAUAUAUUCUGUAAAUUAUAAGCGUGUAAAUCCAUUUGUCUUUCCCGUUCCUUUCAGUUUUGGGCGCUUGUGUGUCUAUUACAAUGAUUACGCGUUUUGUUUUGAUUUAUUAUCAUUUGAAGUAUAAAAUCACUCGAUUGUAUUAAUGUAUUAAGAAAGUAUCAUAUAGAGUAGUGUUAACUAACUUAGAAUGUUGUAGUAAUUAGAAUAUUGAUUGUAUUUUGAAUCUGUUAAAAUGCUUGGUAUAAAUAUGAUUAUCUUGAUAUGUAGGUAACCAUUUAUUUUGAAAAUUGCGAAGUAAUUAAGUUUAAAUGUAAUAAGGUUAUUUAAGGAUUGUUAGGGUAGGUACUUAAUUGUUGUGGCAUAAAUAGAUGUAUAAAAUGUUUACAUUCAUGUUGUACAAUGCCAUAUGUAGUAAAGUACCCUUUUCAAUCAUAUAUUACUUGAGAUAAUCCCAAGGUAUUAAUUAGUCUUAUCUUAUGAGAAUAGAACUUUGUAUUAUACUACUUACGUCUAUUUUACGACUGUGGACCCUACUUAAUUAUGAAAUGUGUAACGCUAUGAUAUUUAAGUGUAGCUGUAAUCUAAACCUAAAAUUGUCUGAUAGUAAAUAAUUGAAAUUAUUAUGCGUUCGGAUUUGAAAGCUAGUAUACAAGACGAAGAUGGAGCUGAUGUGAAUGAAAAGGAUGUUUUUGAGAUUCCUGUAUUUUAUUGGUUUUUACAAUUAAAAUUUACAAUAUACAAAUUUUUGAUAAACAAGAAAGCCUGGAAGACUGUAUUUUCAAAUUAUUAUGUAAUUCAUAGUCCAUAAAUUUUUAUAUUGUAUUAUUAAGAUUAGAAACAAAUGUCCUCAAGUUUCGUAUGUACGCAAUUAAUUAUCCAAUUUUCUGUAUGUUAUUGUCAAUACAAAGUAUUAUUUUACAACUCAAUCGUUAUAAGUCUAUUGUUAUUGGUCUGACCGGUUUAGCAUUCGGAAACAGUACGGUUGAAGGGUUUUCGUUGUUCUUUCUCUGAAACAGCCAUGAAAUGAAUUUCAUGUCCUCAACUCCUAUAGUAAGAGAGUAAUGUAUUCAAGGCACAGCAGUCCAUAUUAAUUAAUAGCAAUUUAAACGUAAUCAUAUAUAUAUUUUAUAAUUGUAGUACUUAAGUCUUAAAGUGAUAUAGAUUGUGUUUAUUUGCGCACAAACUGAGCUCAACUAUGAAUUAUUUAACUAAAUAUACUUAAAUAAGACUGUUUCGAGUCUAUACUCUCGGAUGUUUAUUAUAAAGUUUGACUGAUUAAUUAGAGUAAAAAAAGUGUCAUUUUCAUCGUUUUUGAUUUUUUUGCGAAGUUAGUUACUUAAACUGGGUUGUUAUAACAUUUUAGUAACUAAAUCACUUGAAUAAAUUGCUAUUUCUUACAUUGCUCGAAAACAAUGUUAUUUUUUUCUGUAUGACAUAGAAGUCGCCAACUAAGUAUAUUUGCUUUUUAGAGCAUCAUAUUGAUUCAUUUGGAUUUUUUCCAAACUAAUAGUCUGAUAAAUUAUAAACAUAUAACUAACAUAACACUAAGUCUACAGAUCUGAAAUUAAUCUGGUAUCAAUAGAAAUUGAAUGAUAACUUUGCUAAGGUUAACAAAUAGACGAUAGAAUAGUACGCAAUCGUAAACCACGUAACGUUGUUAGUGUAAGCCAUGUGUAGAAUGACGC